AUGUCAGAGAUAAAGCUAUUUGAAAAGUAUAGCUACGAUGAGGUCAAGGUAGAGAAUUUGUCUCUAAAGCCUUAUAUAAACUUGUCUCGCCACGGAAUAGUUCCACAUGCAACUACAACUAUCACAAAGGGGACGAUGGGGAAGGCAAGAAUUCCCAUUGCAGAGAGAUUUGUAUGCUCUCUUAUGAGACAUGGAAGAAACAGCGGGAAGAAGAGACUUGCAAUCAAUAUAUUUGAGGAUGCUUGUUUCAUAAUUCAUUCCAUGACAAAGAAAAACCCCCUUCAGGUUCUGGUGGAUGCCAUAAUCAACGCCGGACCCCGAGAGGACACAGCAAGAAUUGGCAGAGCAGGGUCUAUGAGAAGGACAUCCGUAGAUGUUUCUCCCCUGAAGCGAAUAAGCAUAGCAAUAUCUAAUAUCUCUGCUGGAAUUAGAAGUGCAUCGUUCAGAAACAGAAUAACACUGGCAGAAGCAAUUGCCAAUGAACUAAUUGCGGCCUCUACAGGUUCACAGAACUCCUAUGCAGUCAACAAAAAGAAGGAGAUCGAAAGAAUAGCCCAAUCCAAUCGUUAA